AUGGCGGCAGUCACCCCAAUCAUGGUCAGCGAAUAUAACCCUGGCACCGCGCGGUCCCUGAGCCGGCUCAUCGAAGAGCUCAACCGGUUGCCCGGCAUCGGCCCCAAGAGCGCUCAGCGCAUCGCAGACCACGUCAUCCGGUUGCCCGCUGAAGAGGCCAGAUCGCUGGCCGACGCGAUCCAGGAGGCCCGGGACAGCCUGCUGUUUUGCGACCCGUGCCGCAACCUCACCGAUGCGUCGCCCUGCGAAAUCUGCUCCAAUCCUCAACGAAACCAGGAGCAAAUCUGCGUGGUGGAGGAACGGCGCGAUCUCGUGGCUGUGGAACGGACCCGCGCCUAUCGUGGGUUGUACCAUGUGCUACAUGGGGUCCUUUCGCCCCUCAACGGAGUUGGGCCGGAGGACAUUCACCUGCCGCAACUGUUUGACCGCCUGCGCGAAACCGACAGCCCAUUCCAGGAACUGAUAGUGGCUACCAAUCCGACGCUGGAGGGCGACGCCACGGCUGACUUCAUCAACCGCCGCCUGGCCGGUACCAACAUCCGGAUCACCCGCCUUGCCCGGGGACUUCCCGUCGGGGGCUCGCUGGAGUUCGCGGACGAAACCACGCUGAGCCGGGCGCUGUCCGGCCGCUCCGCGCUGGAAUAG